AUGAAGAAGAACAUCUUCAUCAUACUUUGCACAUCGAUCCUACUUUUCACCCACUACUCUUUCCCCACCGAGGCAAAACACAAAAACCAUGGCGGCGUUUGUCGGCCGAGCGGGAAGCUGAAGGGGAAGAAACCGCCACCCCACAAAUGCAACAAAGAAAACGACUCCGAAUGCUGCGUGGAAGAGAAGACCUACAUGGCCUACCAUUGCUCACCGCCGGUCAGCCGAAAGCACCCGACGAAAGCACUGCUGACGCUGAAUGGCUUCGAGAAGGGGAAAGACAGCGGUGGGCCUUCAGAGUGCGACAACAAGUUUCACUCCGACAACGAGCGGAUAGUGGCGCUGUCGAAAGGGUGGUUCAAUAAGAAGCGGAGGUGUUCCUCAGCGGAAAGGUGCGACGCGACCCACGAUUACCAGCCGCUGUGUCCGAACAACGUGGUGGACGCGUCGAAGACGGUCUGGAAAGCUUUGGGUGUGCCGUCCAAGGACUGGAGGAGCUUGAAAGUUACUUGGUUUGAUGCUUGA